AUGGACGUGCUGAGCGUGGCCGUUCUCUCCAUCCUCAUCACUGCUCCACUCGGAGCGCUGCUCAUCGGCCUGUGUGGACCACGCCUACUGAGGAGACCCAAGAACCCCGAGUGGGGUGUCUUUGUGACUCCCCUAAGCUGUGGUGCAGGUUUACUGUGUGCAGCUGGAGACGAGACGGUCACACUGCAGGAAGUGGAAGGAACCACUAUAACUCUCCAUACUGGGAUAACUGGAAUUCAGAGUGAUGCUCAGAUUCUGUGGUUUUAUGGACCUGAGAAAGCAGAGGAAAAGAUAUUGAACAGUCAGGUGUUUAAAGGAGAAACUGUUACAGAAAUCAGUGAGAGAUUUAAAGAGCGACUGCAGCUGGACAGAAUCAGUGGAGCUUUAACCAUCAGGAACAUCAGCAGAAACCAUUCUGGAGUUUAUUUAUUACAGGUCAUCACUGGACGCACCUCAUCUAGGACUUUCAGUGUCAGAGUUUAUGCUCCAGUAUCGACUCCAGUAAUAAUAAAAAGAGAAAGUCGAAGUGUGGUUUCCACAGAGCCGUGUUCCCUCCUGUGCACUGUGGAGAAUGGAGAAGAUGUGAAGUUAUCCUGGUACAGAGAGAACGAGAGAAUCUCCAUCACCAAUAACACAGAUCUCAGUGUUCCCCUCAAUCUCCCACUUCAAAUACAACACCAUGAUAAUAACACCAACACUUAUAUCUGUGUGUCUGCAAACCCUGUCAGUAAUAAAUCAUCUUCUCUCAACAUCACACAGCUCUGUGAUCAUCACUCAGGACAAACUGAUCGUUCCCGUUCACUGCUUCCUGUCCUGAUAUCUGCUGGAGUUUUCCUGUUAUUAAUAAUAUCCAUACCUGUGUGCGUUUGGCCAAAAAGAAAAAACAACAAGCUUCUAAUAAAACUUGAGGAACUGACUUACACCGAGGUGAAAUUUACAGCUCACAGUGCAGAGAGAGUUAAAAAGGAAGAAAACCCCAGAACAACGGACGAUCGAGAGCAGAACACCUUCGUGCUGUAUUCAGUGGUGAAGAGGCUCUCGUAAUUCAAUACAUCCUUUUUUUUAAUAUAUAUUUUCU